AAGGCUGUGGAGCAGAGGGCGGAGUUCGCUGCCCAUCAAUAGGGGAGUGAAUUGGGAUUGCCGCGGGAGGCGGCGGCGGCGGCGGCGGUGGUUCCGGUGGUUGGUCUUUUUCCGCCGCUGUCCGCAGCAGCCCCGGCUCCUCCAUGGCCGCUGCGGUCACUGGCGCGGUUCUCUCUACCGCGCCGGUAGUGGGGGAGGCGGUGGUCGUGGAGGUCAGGCCCGGUGGCUUAGGACCCCCGCCUCCUUGAAGAGAAGGAGCCGAAAUGGCAACGCCGGCCGCGCAGGUGAUUCCUUAACUUUCCUGAUCAUUGUCUCAGAAUACUUUCUAAAUGAACAUUCCUGUGACUCUCAAAUUGCUGGAGAUGGCAAGUCCAGCGGUCAGCCCUGACUCUUCUUCCCAUGAAGCACUUUCUUCUGUCAACUCCAUGCCUGCAUGUUCUCCUACUUCCGAUUCCGAGAACUUGAGCCCGGAUGAGUUGGAGCUCUUAGCCAAGUUGGAAGAACAAAACAGGCUUUUGGAAGCUGAUUCAAAGUCAUUACGCUCUAUGAAUGGCUCACGAAGGAAUAGUGGGUCGUCUUUGGUAUCCAGUUCUUCUGCAUCAUCCAAUCUGAGCCAUCUUGAAGAGGAUACCUGGAUCUUAUGGGGAAGAAUUGUCAAUGAAUGGGAAGAAUGGCGGAAAAGAAAAGAGAAGUUACUCAAGGAACUCAUAAGGAAAGGAAUCCCUCACCAUUUCCGAGCAAUUGUUUGGCAGCUUUUGUGCAGUGCCACAGACAUGCCUGUGAAGAAUCAAUACUCAGAAUUGCUGAAAAUGUCUUCUCCUUGUGAAAAGUUAAUCAGAAGAGACAUUGCCAGAACAUACCCCGAACAUGAGUUCUUCAAGGGGCAAGACAGUCUGGGCCAGGAGGUUCUCUUCAAUGUUAUGAAGGCUUAUUCUCUAGUAGACCGUGAGGUUGGGUACUGCCAAGGUAGUGCGUUCAUCGUGGGACUGCUACUCAUGCAGAUGCCGGAAGAGGAGGCUUUCUGUGUAUUUGUACGGCUGAUGCAAGAGUAUAGAUUACGGGAAUUGUUCAAACCCACUAUGGCUGAGUUAGGACUUUGCAUCUAUCAGUUUGAAUACAUGCUGCAGGAACAGCUACCUGAGUUGAAUAUCCACUUCCGCUCCCAAAGCUUUCUCACCUCUAUGUAUGCAUCAUCUUGGUUUCUUACACUCUUCCUCACUACUUUUCCUCUGUCUGUGGCCACGCGAGUAUUUGACAUCUUCAUGUAUGAGGGAUUGGAAAUAAUCUUCCGUGUAGGAAUGGCUCUUCUGCAAUUCAACCAAACUGAACUGAUGCAAUUGGACAUGGAAGGGAUGUCACAGUAUUUUCAGAAGGUGAUUCCUCAUCAGUUUGACAGCUGUCCUGAUAAGCUGAUUUUAAAGGCCUAUCAAGUCAAAUACAACCCUAAGAAAAUGAAACGACUGGAGAAAGAGUAUAUUGCAAUCAAAAACCGGGAAAUGGAAGAACAGAUUGAAAUCAAGAGGCUCCGUACUGAGAACCGCCUUCUGAAACAGCGAAUUGAAACCCUGGAGAAGGAGAGUGCUGCCUUGGCAGAUAGAUUGAUCCAGGGCCAAGUUACCCGUGCACAGGAGGCUGAGGAGAAUUACAUUAUCAAGCGGGAGCUGGCAGUGGUGAAACAACAAUGCUGUUCUGCCACAGAGAAUUUGCAGAAGGCACGAAGCACGAUUCAGCAACUUCAGGAUCAACAGGGAAAUCCCCGCUACUCUGAGGAAUUUGUGAGCCACUUGGAAACAGAACUGGAGCAAUCCCGCUUGAGGGAAUCUGAGACUCUGAGCGCUCUUAAAGAGAUGCAGGAUAAAGUCCUGGACAUGGAAAAGAGAAACAGCUUGCUUCCAGAUGAAAACAAUGUGGCCCGUCUACAGGAGGAACUGAAGGCUAUGAAGUUGCGGGAGUCUGAGGCAAUGAAAUCCUUCAGAGAACUGCAACACCAAGUGAAGGAGCUCAAUGACAAUUGGCAGGCCCAUCUUAGCCGGACUGGAGGACGGUGGAAGGACUCUCCACGAAAGAACACGAUGAACGACCUCCAAGAUGAACUGAUGACUCUCCGUCUGCGUGAGACACAGGCUCAGGGCGAGGUCCGGGAGUUGCGUCAAAGAGUGGUAGAGCUUGAAACUCAGGAUCAGAUUCACAGCAACCUCCUCAAUCGGAUGGAACAGGAGUGCUCUGGGCUGCAUGAAAAGGUCCAGUACCUCACGGCCCAAAACAAAGGGUUGCAGACACAGUUGAGUGAGACCAAGCGCAAGCAUGCUGAAUCAGAGUGCAAGAGCAAAGAAGAAGUUAUGGCUGUUCGCCUGAGAGAAGCUGAUAGCAUGGCUGCUGUUGCAGAGAUGAGGCAGAGGAUUGCUGAACUGGAAAUCCAGAGAGAAGAAGGAAUGAUCCAAGGUCAACUCAACAAUUCUGAUGCCUCCCAAUACAUCCGUGAACUCAAGGAGCAGAUUGAUGAACUCAAGGCAGAGAUUCGGCUAAUGAAAGGACAGAAGCCUUUUGAGGACUCUAUGGGUUUUGACGGUAUACAUAUUGUGAGUCAUCUGGCAGUGGAUGAUGACUCGCUCCAUUCUUCAGAUGAGGAAUUGUUGACCAGCCCUAUGGUAGUGGGUGCCUUGCAGGAUGUUUUGUAUCCACUGUCUCCUCACAACACACACUUUCUGCAUGGGACUGAAAGCUCUGGUAAGGAGAGUGAUGGCACCACAGAUAGCGAUCCAGAUGACCCUGCCUCUGCCGCUGAGGCCAAUGGCGAGAUCAUCUUUGCAGAGGCCCUGGGCAAAUGAGGAGUGAUGCUGCCAUCCCAGCUCCAUCUGGAGUCAGUUGAUCCACUGGCCACGCUGUACUGAGGAAUCAGGAAUCAGAUGUUACUGAGUCUUCGGCCCAGUGAGUACCAUGGCUCAGAGGUGGCGGGGAGUGCCACGCAUGAACAGUAUGGAUUGUUAUCAGCACUGCCUUUUUUCAGCUUUGCCACUGGGAGUUAAAAUCCAAAUCCAGGUAUUGGCCUCAUCCAUGUCCUGCUUUCCACACUUCUUUUCCUUCUCAACACAAAGAUUUGCACAGGCGAGGACUGUGAAGGGGCAGCAGAAGCAGUCAAUCCACCGAUUCCCUAAAAUACAGCCCAACUGUAUUCCAUCUCUGUCUCCUGGCUGUGCUUGGAGAAGGGAAAGGGGUUGGUCUUCCCUUUGUUUAUAUUUGUCUCCUAGCAUGCUGCUCUGCAUCCAGAGGAGAAAAUGGAGUGCCUGCAUACUUGUUUGUAAUUUUCCACCCUGGAAAAGGACAGGAAGGAGAAAUGAGCUUCUGAAGAGGUGAUUUGUUCUAGUGAGGGAGAUAAUAUUUUUUUUCCUGUUUGUUAUUUAUUUUUAGAGUGCAAUUACUAAUCCAGCUCUUUGAGAAGUUCAGUGAUUUUGAGGGUUUUUAUAUGGAGGAGCCAAAACUGCUUCUGUAUUUAAUCAUACAACAUUUUCUAUUUAAUUAUGUAAAGGGAUAUUCUUUACUAACGCCACUUUUAUAUCAUAUUUUCAAACUCUGUUUUUUGCAGCAGUCUGGCUCAGUGCCUAAUUGGGUCAGACAGGAAGACAGUCCAUCAGUGCAUGUGCACACAUGCAUGUGCAUGCACACAUAAUUUCGGGUGGGGGGGGAGUAAACUGUUCCUUGAUUCAUGAGAUCAGUAUUAAUUGCUAAACUUUCAGGCAGCUGAGAAUUUGACAAAGGGAACUGUGUGGGCAAGAGAGGAAUACUAUGGAAUGUCCAGAUAAUUGAUUCUCCCAAGAUAACAAAAAAGGAAGGCCCUUGAGGGCUCAACAUUGAAUUACUUGUCAAGUAAAAAUGAGAUUUCUAAUAUUAUGUUUGCCUCCAAACAUUAUUAGUUAGGGAUAGCAAGGGAGAACCAGCAGGAAACCUACACUUAACCCUUGUGCGUUUAUUGAUAAUUCCAUGCAAAAGCUCCUCAAUUCCUUUAAGCAUUGGGAGCAUUUAGUUGUAUAAAAUGAAGUUCUGCUCCAAGGAGCAAUUCCUUGCAGAAACAAGCCUCUUCUUGGAGUGAGUGAGUGAGUGUGUGUGUGUGUGUUUAUGGGGGAGGUUGUGGGAAGGCAAGGCAGAGUAGAGAAAAGAACAUGAUUUCUUAACAGAAGUAGCUUCUAACAGGGAAAGGAUUACUGACAGCCCGCUUAAAUGACAGUUGGCAAAAAAAAAAACCAUAAUUUAUGCAAGGAUUCUGAUGAAGAAGGGUUUGAAUAAAUUGCAAAGUGAUGCGUGUUUCAGUUGGAAGUACGACAGUCAUUGCCAUGCUAUUUGUAAUUCAGUUCAUACUCAGUUUGCUGAAAAAAGGCUUGUUUUUCCAGAAAGGGGGAGUGGGCAUCAGUAGUUGAGAAACAUCAGUGGAGUAUUACUUAGGAGCACUGCAUGUUUUUGGAAGGUACAACUAAUGCUGCCAUUGGGACUUCCUCUGCAUUUUUGAACUAUAGAACUGAAGGUGGUGGUUUAAUUUUGUCCCUUUUCCUUAACAGAGUCCAUAUUUAAGAAUAUUAAAGCUAUUCUGCCACAGCAUGCUUUUGGGGGAUUGGUGCAGCACCCGGAUAUAUUACUGCAAUAAGAUUCCAGACUUCCUCCCCCCCCCAAAAAAAAACUAGGGCAGGGCAGAAAAUUCCUUUGAAAGACAUGCAGUGCUGUUUCUUCCCAAUUAAAUUAAAUUAAAUUAAAUUAUGCGGGUUUUGAAAUACUUAGCAUUGCAAAGUGUCUGAAUUAUUAUUGCAAAUGAUGACGUUGCAGCUGAGGAUACAGAUCACCUGACACUAGAAGCUGGAAAGGGUUUCAGAGAAGGUCUAUGAAAGAGGCUGGGCAAGUGCCGAACGUGGAAGGUGUCAGGCUUUGACCCUGCCAAGAAGGUAGCCCAUUUUGUUAAACAAGAUCUCUGGGUUGUGUGCCAUUGACUUAACAGAUUUUGGAACUUCUCAGGGAAGGAGGCCAGGUCUUGCUAUGGAUGCAUUUUCUUCAUUCCCUGCUCAAUUUUCUUUCCUUUCUCCUCUGUAGUAAAUCAAUCUGCCUUUUACGUUUACUUAAAAUUGUGAAACUUGUAACUUUAUUAAUAACUGAACACGUUCUGUAUCGGACACAUAGGCCUCUCUUUUUGAAGUGUUCUCCAUGACCCCUUCCUUGGCAUGGGUUUGGAAGGGAUUGAUAAGGGAGAAGCUGCUUGGGGGUUUUCCAAGGGCUGUUUUAGCACCAAAUUAGUGUAAACCAGCAUUUGUGAAAUGGGAAACACACCUGCAACUGCCUACCCCUGGCCUAGCCACUUAUCAUGUGGCUGGCCCUGAACUAGUGAACUGAAAUAAAUACACACACACACACAAGUACCAAUAUGUAUUUAUAUAGUAUGCCUAGGGAAAGGCACCAGUUUGGCAUAAUCUUGCAUAUUUUAUAUAUAUACAUUUUAUAUACAUCCACACACAUCCACACUAUACUGUUAAUACUAAAAAAUUUUAAUUUAUCCUUUCAUUAUCCGGUCCCACAUAGAGGUAAUUGGAAUAACACAUGAUUCCGGAGGAGUUCAGUUUGCAUUGUUGUUUUGAUCUGCUUGCAUCAGUCUGAAGCUCCGUUUCCCCCCCUGCUAGCAGUGAGCACAUGUUUGCAGUGUUGGAUGGCUUGUGAAACUGUUUGCCAAUUGUGCAUAAUACUUAGCAAUUGUGGAUAUUUGUUUUGUGUAGUGCUAUCUGAAUGCUUACUGCCUCCAAAAUUACAAGUUAGGAAGACCUUUAACUGAUUUUGUUUUUUAAAAAAAGAAGUAAAUCCAUUGACUUUAGUCUUUUGCAAUUGCACUGGAAUAAAAAUGAAAGGAGAUGGUUUGAACCUUAUCCAUAUCCAUGUUUUUUCAACUUGGUUCAAGAUGGUUAUUGUUAAAUUUAGACCUGAUUCAUUUGGCUGAUUUAUCCUUUAAAGUUCAUUAUGGCACAACCCUGAUUAAAGUAAAGACUGCUAACCUAUUCUAUACAAAUUAUUCACGGUACUGCAGCUUUUUUUCCAGUAUUUAGAUCACAGCUGUAGAGCCUUAUAAUACAGUUCAUUAAAUGAUGCCAAAACUCUGACUUCCCACUCUCUACUGCUUCUACUGUAUAGAAGCUUGAAGAAAAUGAUAAUUUUCUUUUUCUUCCAUGCUAGUAAAUACUAGGAAUACAGGAUAUAUUAGAAGUGUUUUGGUCUUAAUUUCUCAGAGAUCCAUGCAACAUCAGAACAUAAGAGUUGAAUCCUCCUCUUGCAGAUUCCCAGGAGAUAAUAUAGUAUCCUUUUGCAGCUCUGGAUAAUAAACAUAAAACCAUGUGAUAAAUAUUAUUAUAUCAAAUAACUUGCAAUGAAACCUGUAGGACAGGGAUGUCAAACUGCCGCGCCCACCCCAUUGCCGGCAAUGCAAAAAGAGUUGUGAUAUGUCAUGACACGUCACGUGACAUGGCAAGUUUGACAUCCGUGCUGUAGAAAAUUAAUAUAAGUAUUAGGAGCAAGAGAUCAGCUAAUUUCAUCACAGCAAAGUGCAGGAAACUCACCUGUUCAAGUUGCAUAAUGUGUUGUUUUUGGUUGAGUUUGGUUACAUACCAAAUGUCAUGAAUAAACAACAGUAUAGUGAAUUUACAUUAGGUCAUGAAAAACAUACAUAGCCUCAAUUUUAAUGAAACAAACUUGAUUUACCAAGUGACCUAUGUGUCUAGUUCUUCAUAAAGAAUCCAUUUACAUCAACCGUCAGCCCACCGCAUUCUUCUGCUGAAUAUAAAUUAUAAUAUCUCCAAGGACUUUUAUAUUUUCUUUUUGAAAGUACAGGCCUAUUGAAAACUAUCCAUCCAUAGCAAGUGCAUUAGAAGAAAAGUGUAGCCAGCCAAUCUUGGUAACCAAAAAUCAAACAUUUUUUAUCUGUAUUUUCCAGCAACCUUAUUUGGGGCAGGUUGUAUUUGUAGGAACUUUUCUGAACAAAGUUUUGUUUCCAAGCCAAGCUAUUUGUGAGUCAGUCAAUCGCUUCUCUUAAAAAUGUUUAUUUCCCUUAACAUGAAGUAUUACAAACAAAAUUUAAAGGAUGAAGCCAGUUCUUAAUGCAGUGGUUCUUGCAUGCUUUCCUCCCUUGCAUUUCCUUUUGUGGCUAUUCUUCAAGCCUUUAUUUUUUUUCCCAGUGAAGAUGCCAAACCCAUUCAGUCCUUUGGUAUAUGGGGCAGCCAUAUAUAUGUAUUUAUAUUUAUAUAAAAUAAAUAAAAUUUCAGCAGAACCUCAGCGAGGGAGGAAGCAAAAUACCAUUUUGAGGUGCAUUUUUGUUUCUGUCAUGAGUUUCCACAGGUAUCUCUUCUCUUACCAUAUCUUCCAUGGCCAACCUUGUACAUCCCUCCCCCAAGUAUUUAUAUGAACACAAAAUUAUAAGGAAUCUUGUGGCAGACCUCACAUUCUUUUGCCAAGAAAGAGGACCUGCUUAUAAAGUAAUUUAACACAGCUAGUAUUUUAAAGCAGACUGUUACAUUGCCCCAGCAGAUGCUUUCGGACAGGCGAGGCUGAAGAUGGUGCUUGUGGUAGCUACCAGCACUUUCAUAGGGUUUUUUUCUUAUAGAUUUUCUUCUACACAGAAGGAAGUCAAUGUGGUGCUCUGUUAGGAACUGGGAUUGGGAUUAUUCUGUUCUCCCCCCAGGAUUGACACUAGAAUUUGAAUUACUCACUUGCUUGAAUGAAUCUCUUCUGGGUGCCAGCGCCCCAUCCUGUUUAAGCAGGAUGCAUUGAACUUACUUAGCUAUUCUAAUAUUUUUCCUAACUUUGGAAGAUACAUUGUAAAUUAUACUGAAGAGGUACCUUUCUUCCCCCGUCCUAUCCUGGGCUGCAGCGCAACCUAAAAAACAAUGUUUUAGGGAACUGGGUGGAAUUAAAAAUAGGGGUAAGAGAAACUGGUCUGUAUUUCCAAGGUCCUAGUUUAUUUAGCCUUUGAUCUUAGAAAUCACAUCAUUUUUAAGAGUAGUGGAGCCAAAUUGAGGGCAGGGUACUUUCUACCAUGAAUGAAAAGGUACAUUUCCUAUCCUGGAUUAAAUUCUGCGAAUCUACUUGGAUUAUUUUAGGCAUGUACUGGUUAGCAUCUGUGAAAUUGCCAGCACACACUGUUAAAAACAGUGCUUUUGUUUUUAAUGGGCAAGAACAAGACUGUGAGUGCUCUUGUUGUUCUGUAGUGUCGUAAAUUAAUUUUACGUAACAAGUCAAAAAUCUCACUAUGAAUGCCUGUAAAAUAUUUUGUUAGUCUUUACCUCAAAUUGUUAAACACUACUGUUAGAAGACAUAAGGUUUUUUUUCCACUACAUUUAUUUUUUUAUUAUUUUCUUAAGAAAAUAUAAUGAGGAAAACCAUCUAAUCCCUGUGGGAUUUGUUUCCCCAAAAAUGGUAUUAUUAUUCUGUUGAGAUACAUUGUUCUCUCUGUAUUUUUCCCUCUCACAUGCAAACACGCCUUUGUAUUGUGAAGAAAGAAUUUUUAAACGGUUCCAAAAUUAAGCUUGAUCAGAAUGACUUUGCAACAGGUUUCAAUAAGGCAAGAGCCUUGGGUUAUAAAAAAUUGUGUUCAGGCAAAAUAAUGAUAGAAAGGAUGGAAUAAUAAUAACAAUGUGAGAUAGUAGACCAGAUUAAGAAUUUUAUUUAUUCAGGAUAGACAAUAGAUCAUGUUUUGGAUUGUGAAUAAUCUGGCACCAAAUGCAUUUGAUUAUGCAAAUUGCUUAAGCAGAUUUGAUACCGACGUGGUGCAAAAAAAAGACAGCUUCUCUCUUUGGCUAUGAAGUUAUUGCCUAGAGAAUCCUGGGGAACCACUAUUUGAAGAACAUGUUCUGCCGUGUGUAUGUAAAAAUAUUCUUGCUAUGUGUGUGGUAGUUUCUGAAACGCACAAAAUUUGAGUGGGAUCAGCUUGCCUGCUGCUAUAAAUUAAAUUGGCCAGACUGCAUUGAAGUUAGCAAUGCAAAUUAAGGAUAUCUUUGUUGUGUUUCUUGUUCUCAUGUUUGAAAGUGGAAGAGCUAGUGAAGUCAACGACAUGCUGUAUUGUACUGGGGCUAUCCCAUGCACAGUGCUCUUCCCUGCCCACAUUUUAUCUUCAAAUACUGACUUUUUCCUAUCCUGUACAGUUAGACCACUGAACGCUAGCAAGCUGCUGAGUAUCCAGAAGCAGCGUGCCCGUAACAGUGUGUGCUUGCUUUCCAGUUAGAAUGUACUGUUCUCUCUUACCUUCCCCAGCUGUUCCAAAAAUCAUGUGUUUUGUGUAAGUACGUACCAGUGUCCUUUCUCUGCUACUCAGAAUAUAACUUCCAUUCUUUCCAGCCCAUUCCCAUUUUAAAACAAAUAUUGUUGUACAAAGUACCUGUACUAAAAAAAUAAUAAACUAUUUACACAGUCUUUAA